AUGUGCAGAUUUGAAAAAACAGACACUGCCUUAACCACUCUUGGUGAUUGUACAAAUUUGAUUUAUCUGUCAUUGCUAAACAAAGAAAGUGUGUUGGUUAAUCAACAAAAUAAACGUUUCAAAGAUCACGAAAUCCAACAAAUUCUACCAACCAUACAUAAACCAGCUGAUAUGAAAUUUACAAAGGAAGCCAUCAAAAGAGAUAAUAAUAAUUGGGUAUCUUUAAAUUGUGAUAUUCCAUAUAAUAUCACAAAUGGAGUUGAAACCCAGUUGCAAAAAAAGACAAUAACAUCUUACUUCCAAAAACAAAUCUCCAAUAUUGAAGAUUCACAAAUUGUAUUAUCUUCUCAUCCAAUCCCCAGUUCCAGUGAGGCGCUUACUUUGCAUGAUGAGAGCAUUAAUAUAACCUAUUAUAGAAAGGUUAAUAUAGAUGGUUCCCUCAACCCCAGAAAUUGGCUAUCUUAUAGCACUACUUUAGACAAAGUCUUUUGUCUAUAUUGUAUUAUGUUUGGUGGCCCUAAGUCCAAUACUUUUUGGACUCAACAUGGGGUAAAUAAUUGGAAAAACAUAAAGCGUGACUUAGAGAGACACGAAGCAUCUUCUCUUCAUAAAGAUUGUGAAUAUGCAAACAUGACUUGGCUUGCAAAUAAACGCAUUCAAGAUCAUUUGCUAUCAAAUAAGCUUGAUAUAAUCAUGGAAAAUCGUAAUAUAGUUCAUAAUAUUAUCAAUGCCAUUAUGUACCUUAUAAAAUGUAAUAUAGCCUUUUGGGGUUCUAAUUCGAAUGAAGGUAAUUUUAUGUGUCUCAUAAAAUUAAUGGCAAAAACGGUUCCAACUUUACGUGCAUACAUGGAUAACAACGAAAAAUUGCGGAGAAAAAAUCAGAUAAAAUUUCGAGACCUUAUAUAA